AUGGGGGUUCAACCGCAGCCGCCUCUGCUCCUCUCGCAUUCGGCACGCAUUCGAAGCACUGGUCACGAGGGUUCAACCGUAACCGGGCACCUGCCGGCCACUGGCAUAGACAUGUUCCUCCUAACUCUCGUGGCGGCCUCCCCCCUCCCCCGCCCCCGGCCGCACGCGGCGGCCUCCCUCCCCUCCCCCGCCCCGGCCGCUCCGUUCCGUGGCCUCCCCCCUCUCCCCCGCCCCCGGCCGCGCGCGACGGCCUCCCUCCCCUCCCCCACCCCGCUGCCGCGUUCGGCGGCCUACCCCCCCUUCUCCAUCCCCGGCCGCGAGCGGCCAUUCCCCCCCCCUCCCCCCCACCCACCCCCCCCUCUCUCCCGCCCCCAGCCGCGCACGGCGACCUCCCCUCCACCCUGCCCCACCCUCAGCCGAGAGCGGCGGCCUUCCCCCCCCCCCCCCUUCCCCCGCCCCAGGCCGCGCACGGCGGCCUCCCCCCCCUCCCCCCUUCCCCACCCACGGCUGCGCGUGGCGGCCUCCCCCCCCCUCCCCCCGUCCCCCGUCCCUGGCCGGUGGCGGCGGCCUUCCCCCAACACCCCUCUUCGGCCCCCAGCUGCGCGAUGCGGCUGCGCACGGCGGCCUACCCCCAACCCCCCUCCUCAGCCCCCGGCCGCCCGCGGCGCCUUCCCCCAAUCCCCCUCUUCGGCCACCGGCCACGUACGGCGGCCUCCGCAGUAG